GCUGCCACGUUCCCCCUUCCUGAUGUGUGUCUCCUCCCAGGAAGACGUCCUCUCGGAAGAGGGUCUCUAGAGACUGUCAUAACCUGGCAUGUGGGAGGAGCCUAGGGGAGCGCUGGGUGCUCUGCGCCUGCGUCUGGCGGACAGAGGAAAUCCCAGCUCAGCCCCAAAAGUGUGAAUCUUGUCACCAAGGAAAAGAGGUGGGAGCAGCGAGGGCUCCUGACAGCCCCAGGCCUGGGGGACCGGCAGGCGUUGGCAGCCUGCUAUGGGAUGGACGACGACGAAGAGAAACACUAUGUUUCACAGCUCAGGGAAAUCUAUAGCAGCUGUGACACCACUGGGACAGGCUUUCUGGACCAGGAGGAGCUGACCCAACUCUGCUUUAAGCUUCAUCUGGAAAAGCAGCUGCCCCUCCUCCUGCAAACACUUCUCGGAAAUGACCACUUUGCCAGGGUGACCUUUGACGAAUUUAAGGACGGUUUUGUAGCAGUGCUGUCGUCAGAUGCUGGGGUUGACCUCUCGGAUGGAGACAGUAGUUCCUUGGAAUCAGCUGCCUCCCAUGCUGUGCCGCCAAAGUAUGUGAGUGGCUCUAAGUGGUAUGGCCGUCGUAGCUGGCCCGAGCCGUGUGACUCUGCGACCGGAGCCAAAUGUUUACCAGAGCAAGCCAGGGCCAGCGUGAGAAGUCAACUCCAGCGCUCUGCAUCUCUGGAAAGUGUGGAGAGUCUCAAGUCAGAUGAAGAAGCCAAAAGUGCUAAAGAACCUCAGAAUGAAUUGUUUGAAGCACAAGGCCAGCUGCCAGCCUGGGGUUCUGAGGUCUUUGGGAGCUCUCGGAAGUCCUGCAGCCCCUCCUUUGACACCCCCGAGAGCCAGGUCCGGAGCAUCUGGGAAGAGCUAGGUGUCGGCAGCAGCGGCCACCUCAACGAGCAGGAGCUGGCUCUGGUCUGCCAGAGCAUUGGGCUCCAGGGACUUGAGGAGGCGGAACUCGAAGACCUGUUUCACAAACUGGAUCAAGAUGGAGACGGCAGAGUGAGUCUUGAGGAAUUCCAGCUUGGUCUGUUCAAUUAUGGGCCCACUUCACUUCUGGAACCUUCCACUCCUGUCAAACCGAGCAGAUCCUGGUCUCAGUUCCAGGGCCCCGAGGAGGGCAGCUGCCAGGCCACCACUCCGUCGUCCCUCGUGUCCGUGUGCUCAGGCCUGCGCCUCUUCUGCAGCGUGGAUGACGGCAGCGGCUUCGCCUUUCCCGAGCAGCUCAUCGCCCUGUGGGCCCAGGAGGGGAUUCAGAACGGCAGGGAGGUCUUGCAGAGCCUCGACUUCAACGUGGACGAGAAGGUGAACCUUUCAGAGCUGACCUGGGCCCUUGAGAAUGAGCUCAUGUUGGUCGGUGGUGUCACUCAGCAGGCAGCCUUGGCCUGCUACCGCCAGGAGCUGAGCUUCUGCCAGGGGCAAGUGGAGCAGGUGACGAGGGAGCGAGACAAGGCGAGGCAGGACCUGGAGAGAGCCGAGAAGAGGAACCUGGAGUUUGUGAAAGAGAUGGAUGACUGCCACUCUGCCCUGGAGCAGCUCACGGACGAGAAGAUCAAACACCUGGAGCAAGGGUACAGAGGAAGGCUGAGCCUCCUGCAGUCCGAAGUGGAAAUGGAGCGCCAGCUGUUCUGGGAGCAGGCCCGCAGGCAGAGGGCCGUGCUGGAGAAGGACCUGGAGCGCCUGCAGGCCGAAGAGGCCAGCCUCCGAGAGAAGCUGACCCUGGCCCUGAAGGAGAACAGUCGAUUACAGAAGGAGAUUAUCGAAGUUGUGGAAAAGCUUUCAGAAUCAGAGAGGCUGGUCCUGAAACUGCAGAAGGACCUGGAGUUUGUGUUGAAGGACAAGCUAGAGCCGCAGAGCACAGAGCUCCUGGCCCAGGAGGAGCGGUUCGCGGUGAUCCUGAAGGAGUAUGAACUCAAGUGCCGGGACCUGCAGGACCGCAACGACGAGCUGCAGGCUGCACUGGAAGGCCUGCGGACACAGCUGCCCCCAAGUCGGCACAGCCAGACCCAUGCACUGCCAGACAGACCGCUGCUCCCUGGACACGGCGCAUCAGGUGUCGCCUCCCUGGCAGGUGACCCCGUUCCAGUGAGUAUACAAACAGAGCUGAUGGUGGAGCAGGUGAAGGAACGUUACCAAGACCUCAAGAUCCAGCUGGAGACCAAGGUAAAUUGCUAUGAAAGGGAAAUUGAGGUGAUGAGAAGGGACUUUGCGAAGGAGAGAAAGGAGAUGGAGCAGGCUUUCAAGCUUCAGGUCAGUGUGCUGGAGGACCAGAAAGCUGACCUGGAGACACUCCAUGUGACGUCUCAGGAGAUCAUCCUAGGCCUACAGGACCAGCUCCGGACCGCAGCCCACGGCCUGGGACUGGAGAGGAAGCUUGAGCUGGAGAGGGUAGAGAUGGAGCGGCGCUGUGCACAGGCACUCUCUGGGCUGGCACGGCGGCUGGCCCAGGAGAAGGACCAGCUGGAGGAGGCACUGCGCCAGAGGCAUCAGAAUGACCUGCAGCACAUCAGAAUUGAGGUGGAUAGGCUUUCUGAAGAAAACACAUUGUUGAAAAAUGAGCUGAGAAGGAUUCAGCAAGAGCUUGAAGCUGCAGAAAAGACAAAUGAUGCACAGAGGAAAGAAAUUGAGGUUUUACAGAGAGACAAGGAAAAGGCCUGCUCUGAAGCGGAAGAGCUCAGCACACAGAAUCAGAAAUACAAGGAUGAAUUGUCCCAGCUCAAGCACAGGAUCCUUCAGCUGGGAGAGGAGGCCUCCACCCACCAGGCCCAAAACGAGAAGAACCGCAUCACCAUUCAGCAGUUAACACAGAGACUGGAGGAGGGGUCCCACCGAGAAGAGCUGCAGGGUCACCAAAUCCAAAAACUUGAACUUGAACUUGAACAUGUAAAUCAAGAAUGUCAGAGCCUGAGACUGUUGCAGUCACAUCUGAGAGAGACCCUUGAAGAAAGUCGAGACCAGUUGCACGGAGCCAGCCUGAAGCUGAGGCUGGCACAGGCUCAGUACUCGCGGGAGGUCCACCAGCUGCAGGAGCAGAUGGAGCUGCUGGUGCCUUGGGGCCAUGUGGCCGAGCUGCAGCAGCUGCUGGAAGGGGAGCAGCGGGUGGCUCAGCAGCUCCGUGAGGAGUGCAGCCUCCAUGAGGAGGAGGGGAGGCAGCUGGAAACACAGCGGGAAGAACAGGAAAAACAACUUAAAGACACAGAAGAGCGGGUAGAAGAAGUGGAGAUGAUUCUGGAGAAUCUGGAAAUGCUCCUACAGGAGAAAGUGGGUGAGCUGAAGGAGCAGUUUGAAAAGAACACAAAAUCUGAUUUGCUGCUCAAGGAGCUCUAUGUGGAAAAUGCUCACCUGAUGAAAGCACUGCAGGUCACUGAAGAGAAGCAACGAGAUGCUGAGAAAAAAACCCGGAUCUUGGAAGAAAAGGUUAGAGCUCUCAACAAACUACUCAGUAAGAUGGCUGCAGCGUCCCUCUCUGUAUAGCGACUGCUUAUUCUCCUGGAAUUCAUUUCGGAAGGACAUCAUUUAAUAUUAAGCCACUGUGAUGCCAUAAUUUUCUAUGGCUUACUGGCUGUCAGCCCCUGGGCAUACAUGAGGACUGGGGUCCUUUGUUCACCCCACAGACAAUCAAUGUCUACCACAUGCCAGAUGCUGGGGAAAUACACAUGUUGGAAAAUACUACUUUUUAUCAGUGGCCCUGAGUAAUUUCCCUAGGUAAAAUUCCCAAUUUUGCUACUCACUGGUGAAACAGAUUAUGGAAGCUGUCAGAAAGGAAGGACUAAAAGAAAAUGGUAAAACAAAACAAUUUCAAUGUUGUCCUUUUGACUUUGGCUGCAGAGAUUAAAACACAAGAUCAAGGCUCUGUAUUUCACUCUUACAGCUUUGGGUUUAGAUGGUGAGCAUUCCCAAUGGUGGGUAUAUACAGACAUUCCAGAAAGUUUCCUUGCUGUGACUGUCAACCCGGCAGUAAAGGGCAAAGGACGGGAGCUCCUUCUUCAGGGACUGCUCCACCGCAGGCGGUGUGUGGACAGGGCUUAUUUUAGGUCUGUGGACUCAGGGAUGAUGGUAUUUACUGCAAAUGCAAUCUUUUCCUCAUUAAAAUGUCAUUACACUGGAAAUUGUAUUAUGUAUAAAAAAGUAUAGUUUUAUAUCCAAAAUAUACAUAAAUUGUGGUCAUUUGAUUUAUCAUAAUAAACUACUGUAAUGUGACAUAUCACUAUUUGCAAUUAACUCCUUUCUAUUAAAAUUGA